AUGGCAACCUCCUUGAAACAACUGGUCAGAGCCGCGACAGUUUACACAAAGCAGUCGCCAGAUCGCGGAAAUGGUAUUUUUGCAGUACAUGAUAUCGCACCCAAGUCAGAGGUCCUUUUUGUUGCGCGGCCGCUUAUGGUGGCACUAGACACUUCGCAACUACAAACCCGUUGCUAUUACUGCUACAGUUCCCCUGGGGACCACAGUCUUCCUCUUGACAUCACUAAAAGCCGGACGUUGAAGACGUGCAGCGGGUGCAAAGUCGCCAAAUUCUGUAGCCAGAAGUGCCAGACUCGGGCGUGGUCAGAGUACCAUCGGCUGGAGUGUAAGCUCUACGGUAGAUUGCACCCUCGGAUACUUCCUAGCACAGUCAGAGCUAUCGUUCGAUUACUGAAGCAGCACAAGGCACAUCUUCUCCUUCAUUCUGAAUGGGAUCAGCUUUUGGCACUAGAGAGUCAUCAGGGGGAUUUGCUGAACGCGGGAGGCCAGCGUUGUCAGGAAAUCUUCAUCAUGAUGAAAGGCAUUAAAUCCUAUUGCGGUACUGACCACAGUGAGGAAACGAUACUUCGACUGGCUUGUGUGCUGCUCAUCAACUCGUUUACUCUUACAAAUCCGACGUUCGACUCUUUGGGAUUAAUCCUCCAUCCAACACCAGCCCUUCUGAACCACUCCUGUGAUCCGAAUGUGUUCGUGAGAUUUGACAUCCCGCCGGUGGGCGCUCAAGAGGACUUUCCACCUUACGGAAACAUAUCUUUCAUUGCGUUGCGGCCAAUUGCCAAAGACGAGGAACUUACGCUUUCUUACAUUGACACAACCUUCCCUUUCGACAAAAGACAAGAAGAACUGAAAGAUAGGUAUUUCUUCACUUGCAAUUGCAGCUUGUGCUCAAGAGGUCGACACUCUACUAGAGAUAGUUUUCAUCCGUUCAUCAAUGUCGUGGCGCCAGGUCCAUUGCAACCGGCAACUCCUGCCAUAAUUGCGGAGACUGGCGACCAGGCAGAGCAACUCCUCAUAGGAUUGCAGUCUCAAAGCGGACUUGAGCACACCCAAAUUGACAGCAUCAAAUACAUCAUGCAUCGGCUGGCACAAACGAGAGGCUGGCCACUGCACCGGUACCCUUACCCUCAGUUGCGGCAACAAUUGCUCCUCGGGCUACUCGACUCCAAAAGGUAUUCAGAGGCAUUCUUGCACUCGGCAGCAUUUGUCAGAGCAAUACAUCCUGUUCUGUACGAACAAGAGUAUCAUCCAACCCGACUUGUGCAGAUGUUCACGUUCUGGAAUCUUUGCCACCUGUGUUUGGAAUCCGGUUUGCUAAAGGAGAGAGAGUCGGACAACAUCCAACUUGACCCACAGAUGCUCAUGUCCUUGAGCUGUGUGCUGAUCGAUGACACUUACAGAAUCCUGAACGAAGGGGUCCGGUCGAACGGAAAGCUGGAAAAUAUGGUUGACGAGGCACUUCAAAAUGUAACGAAAGAAGGCGACUUCUGGAAUGAAUACCAGCAAAAGAUGGCAGAGACACGUGAAACUGCGCUCUCGUGGAUUGAUGGCCAAGUCAGAGCAUUAUUCAGGAAUGAGGGCGUUUCGCGAGGCAUCAUCGACUGGGCCUUCAAACCACGAGGCUGA